AUGUACAACAAGAGGAAAUUACCAAUUAGAAAAAAUCAAAAGAAAUCAUGCAAAAUUUGCAAGAAGAAUUUCACACAAAAGAUAUAUUUGAUCAAUCAUGUUAGAACCCACAAUAAUGAGGAAUAUCAAAUACCAUUAGAAUGUGAAGAAUGCCAGAAGACUUUUGUUUAUAUAACAAAUUUGAAUGACCACAUGAAUGAGGAACAUGGGAUAAAAAACCCAUUUGAAUGUGAUGUUUGUCAAAAAAGAUUCAAAUUCCUAUGCACCUUAACUCAACACUAUGCAGUGCAUACUGGCAUAAAAGCAUUCCAGUGUGACAUUUGCUUCACAAAGUUUGGUUUCAAGUCCAACUUGUACAGUCAUGUGAAAGUACAUCAUAGCUCUGAAAGAGACUUUGAGUGUGAUAUUUGCCAUAAAACAAUCCACUCCAAGGGAGGUUUUGCUAGACACCUCAGAUUACAUACUGGAGAGAGACCAUUUGAAUGCCAGAUUUGUCAGAAAACUUUCACCACUAAUGGUAACUUGACUCUACAUGAAAGAAUACACACUGGUGAAAAACCAUUCAAAUGUAGCAUUUGUAAUAGCAGAUUUGGAAACUCAAGCCAUCUGAAAAGGCACCUUAGGGUACAUACAGGUGAGAAACCAUUUGAGUGUGAUGUGUGUCAGAAAACGUUCACAACCAAGAGGAGUUCUAGACUUCACAGGGAAAGAUGUCAUAAGUUGAAGAGAGAUGUUGAAUGUGCCUCAAAUGAUGAAGUUAAAGUUGAAGGUGGUUGUGAACUAGAGGAUAUAGAAAGAUCACAUACUUUAGAAAGCCCAUUUCAAUGUAAGAUUUGUCAGAAAACUUUCACCACUAAUGGUAGCUUAACUGAACAUAAAAGAAUACACACAGGUGAAAAACCAUUCAAAUGUACCAUUUGUAAGAGCAGAUUUGUGAGCUCAAGCCAUCUGAAAAGACACAUUAGAGUUCACACUGGUGAGAAACCAUUCAAGUGUGAUGUGUGUCAGAAAACAUUCACAAACAAGAGGGGUUGUAGACUUCACAGUGAAAAAUGUCACAAGUUGAAGAGAGAUGUUGAAUGUGCCUCAAAUGAAGAAGGAUUUGAGGAAAACCCAUUUGGAUGUGUGAAAUGCCCAGAAAGAUUUGCUACAAAGGAUGAUCUGAUCAAGCACAGUGGAAUUCACAGGGACAAAAAAACAUUUAAAUGUGAUGAUGCAAAAAAGUUUAGCAAGCAGCACCAAAGGAUGCUUAAGAAGAAUGAACUGUUUCAAUGUGACAUUUGCCUGGAACAAUUUCCUACCAACAGGCGAAUGAUUAAUCAUAAAGAAGUGCACAGUGUUCCUGUUGAGACUAUCAAGAAUGAAUGCAAUGAGGUUACAGUUGAAGAUGAUUGUGAACCAGAGGACAUGGAAACAAUAAUAAUAAAAAUGGAGUAUGAAGAGAGUGAUUGGAGUCCUGUAGAUUUUUCACAAUAG